UGAGGAAGGAAGGGGAAAGCAGGCUGCGAAGGAGCGAAAAGAGAGAGAGAGAAAAAAGACGACGGAUGGACUGUGUCGUGUUCGAGAGUUGAUCGUGAGUGCUGCGGCUCCUUAAGACCCUCCAGUCGCGCGUUUCCUUUUCGCGUGCAGUGAUCCCGGUCGAGUUUCGCGGAAUUAGGGUUUGCAAGCAGGUCGCGGAUUCAGCAAGGGUUGCGUUGUGGGGCGCGGCUGCUGAGACAGGUGCUUCCAACGACGACAUGGGGAGCCAAACGGCUGUAAACAAAAAUGGAGAACGCACCCAGCAGACACCGCCUGCGUCAUCGGCUUGAGCCUGUUCGUCCGAUUCAUCAGUAGUCCGCAAGCAAAGCCACCUGUGGCCGCACUGAAUCCAGAGGAAAAGAAAAAACUAAUCGUAUAUAAUGUACGAGGAGGAGUUGGAAGUCGCCAUCAAGGUGGUGAUUGUCGGCAACGGAGCCGUCGGCAAGUCGAGCAUGAUCCAGAGGUACUGCAAAGGCAUCUUCACGCGCGACUACAAAAAGACCAUAGGUGUCGACUUUUUGGAGCGCCAGAUCUCACUUGGUGGCGAGGAAGUGCGACUGAUGGUUUGGGACACGGCCGGCCAAGAAGAGUUUGACGCUAUCACCAGAGCGUACUACCGCGGCGCUCAAGCCUGCGUGCUCGCGUUCUCCACGACGGACCGCGACUCCUUCGAAGCCGUCCGCUCCUGGAAGAAAAAGGUGGAAGACGAGUGUGGUGAGAUACCGACGGUUCUUGUCCAAAACAAAAUCGAUCUCGCUGACCAUAGCGUUGUGGAACCAGAGGAAGCAGAAAUGUUGGCCCGUUCGCUGGGCUGUCGACUAUUUCGAGUGUCUGUGAAGGAAGACGUCAACGUGGGUCCUGUUUUCCGUCACUUGGCGGCAUGCUGCCUUGAAGAAAUGCACGCAGAGGAAGAGGCCAUGGGAAUGGGUGGAUACCAGCCACCGGCGAUUAGUGCUUUCAGCCUGCCUGUGUCACCGCUGCACAAAGGCAGCAAACACCAUCACCACCAUCACGGCGCAAUAGCAAUUAAGUCGAGAGGCCGGAGAAUUUUCCGAACCCACCACGCUGGCAAGAAUAUGCUUCGAGGCGCGUGUUCAAUUAUCUGAAGUGAAUUAACUUUCAUCAAAAUAACUUUGUGACAAACGUUUAAGUGUAGCAAGACGAUCGAUGACAUUCUCUGUCAAGUGAGCAUUAAAUAGUCUCAGUCUCAGUGCCGAUUGUGAAAGACUCUAGUGUGCGGUGGGCGAGGACCGUCGGCUUUUAUUCGUCCAGCUAGUGCUCAUUUUGUAAAUGUGUUGAAAUAAUUUGAAUCUGCACCUUGCAUUUCCUACUCUUAAAACGACUAACUUUUAGCAAGCAUUGAAAUAUAUUUCAUGGAUAUUUUUGGAUUUUAAA